UCUUCACCAAAGGAUGUGGGUCAGGACCAGUUUUAGUUGAGUGCUGUUUUCAUGAGGAGAGUCUGGGAGGCAGCGUGAGCUUUUCUGACGGACGCUCACCUUUAGGGAUUUAGUGACUUCACUACUUAGGUGAUGUGGACUCCAAGGACUGAAACAGGACCAUGGAGAGCAGUGGAAGAAAGGAGGACUAAACUAGGAAUCCAGACCCAUCACUCUGAAGGCAUGUUUGGCUAAGAUGGCUGAAAAGCUUGAAGGGCCAACUCUAAAAUGAAAAGACACUUAAAGUGUUGCGUUUUUCCCUAGUGGUGCUGUGUACAUGCACACCCUGUAUGUCUGCAUCUCAGACCUACUGUGUGCACAAAGUACAUCAUUAUUCAAGUAUAGUAUAUUAAGAACUUGAUUUUAAAAGUUUUUUUUUUUUUUUUUGCUUGUUUUUACAGCACUGAAUAUCAAAUUCAGGACCCAGAACUGAGCAAUGCUCCUAGUUCUGAUUCUUUAUUCUCAGAUUUUUUUUUUUUAAGAGAAUGUCUGUGGUGCACUGUUUGCCCCAUGGGUGGUUCCUGGAUCAUCUCUCUUUUAUUAACAAGGUAAACUACCAACUUCGCCAGCAUCAAGAACCUUCUUGCGGUAGAAACAAGCCCACUUCCUCCGUCUACCGGGAUUCUCUUCAGCUGCAUCCAGUGUCUCCUGCCACAGGCUUUGCCCCUGUGCCAGGCAGUGAGGACAGAGAAAACUGUGAAAUGAUCACCCAGAAAUAUGUUUUCCGAUCCGAGCUAUUUAGUGUCACCAAACCUUACAUAACUUCGGCUGUUCUCAAUGAACGCCAGCAGAGGAACAAAAAUGAACAUCUAGUGACCGGCGACAAACAAGUCUCCAUUUCUAUUGGGAAGAAGCGUAAAAGAUGUAUUGCUUUCAAUCAAGGUGAAUUGGAUGCCAUGGAGUAUCAUACAAAGAUCAGAGAGUUGAUUUUGGAUGGAUCUUCACAGUUAAUCCAAGAAGGACUCAAAAGUGGUUUCCUUUAUCCACUUGUUGAAAAACAGGAUGGAAGUAGUGGAUGCAUUGCUUUACCGCUUGAUGCCUGCAAUUUGUCAGAAUUAUGUGAGAUGGCAAAGCACUUGCCCUCCUUGAAUGAAAUGGAGCCUCAGACACUGCAGCUGACGGAAGAUGAUAUGUCAAUUACAGAGCUGGAUUUAUCUUCACAGGUCAUUGAAAACAACUGUAGCUUUUCUAAAAUGAUUACUUUAAUGGGACAGAAAUACUUGCUGCCACCAAAAAGCAGCUUUCUUUUGUCUGACAUUUCUUGUAUGCAGCCACUUCUUAACUGUAGUAAGACAUUUGAUGUAAUUGUGAUCGAUCCGCCAUGGGAGAACAAAUCGGUUAAAAGAAGUAACAGGUACAGCUGUUUAUCACCACAGCAGAUCAAGCGAAUGCCCAUCCCGAAGCUGGCUGCUCCCGGCUGUCUGGUCGUUACUUGGGUGACCAACAGGCAGAAGCACCUGCGUUUUGUGAAGGAGGAGCUAUAUCCCUCGUGGUCUGUGGAGGUCAUUGCAGAAUGGUACUGGGUGAAAAUCACAAAUUCAGGAGAAUUCGUGUUUCCUUUGGAUUCUCCACACAAAAAGCCUUAUGAAUGUCUUGUACUGGGGAGAGUUCGAGAAAAAGAUGCUUUAGCAUUAAGGAGCACAGAUGUAAAAGUGUCCCCUGUUCCAGAUCAGAAAUUGAUUGUCAGUGUGCCCUGCGUUCUCCACUCACACAAGCCACCUCUGGCCGAAGUUCUGAAAGACUACAUCAAGCCUGGUGGGGAGUGUUUGGAAUUAUUUGCUCGAAGUUUACUGCCAGGUUGGAAAUUCCUAGAUGUGGAAUCAUCUGGUGGAGAAACUGUUGUGUCUGGCCUCUUUCACUUAGCAUUUAAUAAAAGCAUUGAUACUGUUUAUAAAUUGCUCACCCUUUACCUAGGAGAUGGUUAGACUGAAAUUACUUUGACAGCUUCACUUAGUUUACUCACUCAUUUCGUCAGAAAUUACUUCUGGGGUUUGUUCAGCUGUUAGUGAAUGGCUAAUAUCAGAAACUCAAUUUUGUGUUUGAAGAUGUACCCUAAUUUGCCACUUAAAAGGAAAAUGGCAUUGAACUUGAAGCAAGCUUUUCCGGAUUUCAUUUGAAAUUAUUCUCAGCUUCUUGUAUUUACAGAUUUUUUUGUGUGUGCGCGUGCGUGUGUGUGUGUGUGUGUGUGUGUGUGUGCGCGCGCGCACGCGCGCGUGUGUGUGUGUGUGUAGUUUUGUGGAAGCAUUUGUUAUUAGCAUAGUUUUGGAAUUUUUUUCUCCAUGAAUAUUAGUCCUGAAAAGGAAUUUUUACUCAA